AUGGGGUCUGGUCCAGUGGGAACCUUUCUCAGCACCAAGAAGUCAUUUGUGCUCGUGGCCGAUGGAGGAGGAGGCGGCGGGUCGCUGGUGAUGGGGUCUGGCCCAGUGGGAACCUUCCUCAACACCGAGAAGUUGUCCGUGCUUGUGGCCGAUGGAGGCGGCGGUGGCGGGUCGCUGGUGAUGGGGUUUGGCCCAGUGGGAACCUUCCUCAGCACUGAGAAGUCAUCCGUGCUCGUGGUCGAUGGAGGAGGUGGUGGCGGGUCGCUGAUGAUGGGGUCUGGCCCAGUGGGAACCUUCCUCAACAUUGCGAAAUCGUCUGUGCUCAUGGAUGAUGGAGGCGGUGGCGGGUCGCUGGUGAUGGGAUCUGGCCCAGUGGGAACCUUCCUCAGCACCGAGAAGUCGUCAGUGUCUGUGGCCGAUGGAGAAGAAGGCGACGGGUCACUGGUGAUGAAAUCUGACCCAGUGAAAACCUUCCUCAACAUCAAGAAAUCAUCUUUGCCCGUGGCCGAUGGUGGUGACCGGCGCGCUGACGCAGUGGAUGAGAGCAUCAGCGGCAAGAGAAGUAGAGCCAACAGCGCCACGGCGACAUUCUUGUGCCCGACCAUAGCAAUUGGCUAA